AUGGUCUUCGACCGCGUCAUCCAGGAGGUAUGCGACUCUUCGCAGAUCGACUUCGAGGAGAGUGGCGUCGACCAGCAUACGCUCGAGGAGCUCAGGAAGGUUGACCUUCCAUCCGGAGAUGUCUUCGUCAAAACCGAAGGAGGCUUCUCUCCUCCACCGCCAGGCCCUCCAGGAGGCACAAGCCUAGCCCAGCAGCGAGCCGCAAAUGCGUUGCACCAAAAGUAUGGCACUGCCGCAGCCAACCAGGUUCAGCAUCUGCAGUCACACUCUCAAGCUGCCCUGUCCCUCCCAGGCGGGCAACCUCGAUUCCAACCUCCACCAAUGGGCAAUUCCAAGCCCCAGGACUUUAGGCCUGUUCAGCAACAGACCCAGGCACAGGGUCAGGCUCAGGCUCAAGGCCAAGGACAGGUUUCAAGAUUGCCACAGACCGGUAUUCAGAACUCUCAGACAGACGGCGCCGGCGACGACCUGUCAGACUGGAAAGCCGAAGUCCAACGACGGAGAGAAGCAGCUGCCAAAAACGGCCCAGAGAAUGACCGCCGUCUUCGGGAAUUCGUCGAGUCAAGGAACCUCCAGCUGGAGGGCGGUGGCCUCCUGGCUCCCUUGCACGAACGUUACCCCAAUGCCAAUGGCAAGAAACGCAAGAUUGUAAAAUUCAAUGAUCUAACGGCCCUGUCAAACCAGGCAGAGGCUACCUCUUCUACCAUCUCACCUGCAGCGCCCAGUGGCCCUCCACCACCUUCUCAGUUCGAUGGAACAGAUGACUAUGGCAUCAAAAAGGACGAAGAUGAAGACGCUAUUAACUCCGAUCUUGACGAUCCCGACGAUCUCGUCGACGAUGAACAGGGUGAAGAUGAUGCAGUCGGCCAGGUCAUGCUCUGUACAUACGACAAAGUCCAGCGAGUUAAAAGCAAGUGGAAGUGUGUGUUGAAAGAUGGCAUAUUAACCUCCGACGGCAGAGAGUGA